AGCUCCUCAUUAUGGAACACGUGCUUCACUUGACCUUCCUGUAUCUGAGUCUCUGUACUCAAAGGAUGUGCAUCCUUGGGAAUCAGCUCAGCAUUGAUGUGAGCAGAAGUGACAAGCUCUCCCUGCCUGGUUUUGAGAAUCUCACAGCAGGAUAUAACAAAUUUCUCAGACCAAAUUUUGGUGGAGAACCAGUUCAGGUAGCACUGAAUCUGGACAUUGCAAGUAUUUCUAGUAUUUCAGAGAGUAACAUGGAUUACACGGCCACCAUAUACCUCAGACAGCGCUGGACAGACCAGCGGCUGGUGUUUGAAGGCAACAAGAGCUUCACUCUGGAUGCGCGCCUUGUGGAGUUCCUCUGGGUCCCAGACACGUACAUCGUGGAGUCUAAGACGUCCUUCCUCCAUGAAGUCACUGUCGGGAACAGGCUCAUCCGCCUCUUCGCCAAUGGCACAGUCCUCUAUGCUCUCAGAAUCACAACAACUGUGGCAUGUAACAUGGACCUAUCUAAAUACCCCAUGGACACACAGACAUGCAAGUUGCAACUGGAAAGCUGGGGCUAUGAUGGAAACGACGUAGAGUUCAGCUGGCUGAGAGGGAACGAUUCUGUGCGUGGGCUGGAAAACCUGCGGCUGGCUCAGUACACCAUCCAACAGUAUUUCACCUUGGCCACCAGGUCACAGCAGGAAACAGGAAAUUACACCCGACUGGUCUUGCAAUUUGAGCUUCGGAGGAAUGUCUUAUAUUUCAUUUUGGAAACCUAUGUCCCUUCUACGUUCCUGGUGGUGUUAUCCUGGGUUUCAUUUUGGAUCUCCCUUGACUCAGUUCCAGCAAGAACCUGCAUUGGAGUGACCACUGUCUUGUCAAUGACCACACUGAUGAUCGGAUCCCGCUCUUCUCUGCCCAAUACCAACUGCUUCAUAAAGGCCAUCGAUGUGUACCUGGGGAUCUGCUUCAGCUUCGUGUUUGGGGCCCUACUGGAAUAUGCAGUUGCCCACUACAGCUCCUUACAGCAGAUGGCAGCCAAAGAUAGGGGUACAGCGAAGGAAGUAGAAGAAGUCAAUAUUACUAACAUCAUCAACAGCUCCAUCUCCAGCUUUAAGCGGAAGAUCAGCCUCGCCAGCAUUGAAAUUUCUGGUGAUAAUGUCGACUAUAGUGACUUGACAAUGAAAACCAGUGACAAGUUCAAGUUUGUCUUCCGAGAUAAGAUGGGUAGGAUUGUUGAUUAUUUCACAAUUCAAAACCCCAGUAAUAUUGAUCGAUAUUCCAAACUCCUAUUUCCUUUGAUGUUUAUGCUAACCAAUGUAUUUUACUGGGCAUACUACAUGUAUUUUUGAAAUUACAUUGUAUUGUUUUCAUUCCAUUGGCCUUCAACAUAGGGAGGUGAUGAUGUAAAUGGUAUUGUAUGCUAAGUGUACAUCCUAAUCCAAGUGAUUGAAUAAUAUUUGAGCAUUUCUACACACACA